AAACAAAACAUUACACAUCCAGUCGAACGUCGUCGGGUCGCGGACGUACAACACAUUUUCACUGCGGUCCGUCGCGCCCGCACACCAUGUAAAAUACCCACAUAAUACGUAUUUUACGUACUAUAUAUUGUAUGAGCGUGCGCGUUGUCGAACAUUAUGUACCAGCCAUUUAGAUGCUGAACAAUUAAACCGAUCAUGAUUGGCCCUUUAAUUAAAGCGGCUUUCAUUACCACGAUUGUGAUCUAUAGCGUGAACUCCGAACAAUACAUUGGACGGACGUUGGAGUGGAAGAAGAGAACAGGUUGCUUAUUUAACCGUAAUGUUUGUACUCAACGCGAAUGGUGCUUCGAUGAUCAUGCUUUUGGCAGAUGCCUUCCGCGCUAUAAUAAUGGAGCCGAUGAAUACACGUACAAAUUAUUAAUGAAUAACCUAAUGAUCUUACGCGAAGAUAUGAAAUUCCUCUACUACAAUGGUUAUAGUUGGCCGCAUCCUUUUACACAAUGCGUACUUCAAAAUCGAUUGAAAUUGAUAAGAUACAAUUCACCACCAGUUGACAAUUCGAUUUGUAAUCAAUAUUUAAGAUUACCUGAUAAUAAACAAAACGAUGAUGGGGAUUUUGCGGACUACUACAAGCAACCUGAUGUGUACGUGAGUGCUGAAGAUAUUGGCCGAGGUCGUGACUACUAUCCGGAUACAGAUUAUGAAUAUCGUCGAAGUAUGAUCAACCGUAAUAGACUGCAAGGGACUCCUUUGUAUUUACCAUGGAUGCCAGGCUUAAAACAACAACAGUACGAAGAAGAUCAAAGUCCGUUAGUUUAUGGUCAACCAAGAUUCCACCCAGAUUACAACACACCGGAAGGAUUUAGAGCAGGUGAAGAAAUUAAGGACAAAAUUGACGACGAAUGGAAAAAAUUGAGACAAAUGGACAUGCUAUCGAAGGGUAUUGACAAUUCAAAUAAAGCUUACACGGAAGGUGGUUUAGUGUUCUUGCCGAAAAAAGGGUGGGUAUUCAUAGGAGCUAAUGGCGAGGAAGAUGAAGCAAUGUUUAGUGAUUUCAUCAAUAAUUAUGAUUCGGAGUCGGGUUGGGCCGGAUUCAAGAGACCUGAACGAUUGGACGUUAAAAAACCAGGACCGUUCUUUAAAUUGAAUAAUUACCUAAAAAAUGACGAAGGAAGUGAUCCAAAACCAGACGAUGAUAUUACAAAAACAGUUGAUGCAACAACUUUGUUAGGAACAAACCGAAAAACGGAUUCAGAAGAUACUAAAGCAACUAACGGCAAAACAACAAAAAAAAUAACUGCGGAUGAUUUCAAAAUUGAUGUAAUGAAUAAACAAAAAGAAGAAAAUGAUAAUUAUGAAGUGGUCGACACUUCUUAUAUUUGCAUCCGAUUAAAAGACAAAAUAAGUAAUCCAGACAGAGGUGAUAAACUACUAAGAAUCCUGGCACAUAUUAUUAACGUUGACUUUAAAUCGAUGGUGAAUGCUCGUUUUGAAGAUACCGAAAUUACAUUCCAAAUACUUCCAAGUGCUGGAAUUAACAUUACGGAAAUAGUGAAAAAAAUAGAAACGAUGAAGAACAAAUUUGCAAAGAAAACGGGUUAUACCAUCGACUUUGUGAGCAUUGGAGAUAAGGCCAAGGCGCCAUCAGUGAUGAUGAGCUCCACAUAUGAAGACAGCAAAAAUUUCGAAUGGAUUUUCAUGUCCGUCGCAGCUGUGUGCGCGGUAGUAGCCUCAGCUGCGGCAUUAUUAAUAAUUAGAAGACAUUCAAGAUAUAAAAGCAAAUUUGAAGGAUUGAUUGGUAGUAAUGCUGAGGUCAGUAAAGAUUAUCAGGAAUUAUGCCGGGCACGAAUGUCGAAUAAGAAAGAAGAACCGAAUGCCACAUCCCAAAGAAUAGCAAGCUUGUCAAAAGAUCCUGACAACAGUCCUUCUUCAAGGUCAAGCACGUCUUCUUGGGGAGAGGAACCAGUCUUAUCAAACAUGGAUAUUUCAACCGGACACAUGGUUUUGGCAUACAUGGAAGAUCAUCUGAAUAACAAGAACCGAUUGGACAGCGAAUGGGCUGCGCUAUGCGCUUACGAGGCAGAGCCGUGUGCAGUAAACGUUGCGAGAAAGCCGGACAACGCCAAGAAGAAUCGUUACAUCAAUGCACUACCAUAUGAUCAUGCCAGGGUUGUGAUAAACGAAUACGCCAACAUGAACAACUCGGACUACAUAAACGCAUCAACAAUAACCGACCACGAUCCACGUAAUCCGGCGUAUAUCGCUACACAGGGACCGUUGGCCGAGACAUCGGCGGACUUUUGGCAAAUGGUGUGGGAACAAGGGUGCGUAGUGAUCGUCAUGUUGACCAGACUAGUGGAAAACGACGUGGUGUUGUGCCACCGUUACUGGCCAGAAGAAGGAUCGGAACUCUAUCAUAUAUACGAGGUGCAUUUAGUGAGCGAACAUAUAUGGUGCGACGAUUACUUGGUAAGGAGCUUUUAUUUGAAGAACUUGAAAACCGGAGAGACCAGGACCGUCACUCAGUUCCACUUCUUGACAUGGCCGGACGGUGGUGUACCGAACACCACCAAAGCUCUUUUGGAAUUCCGCAGGAAAGUUAAUAAGUCGUUCCGUGGUAGAUCUUGUCCUAUUGUCGUGCAUUGCAGUGAUGGUGUUAGUCGUACUGGUUCGUAUUGCCUAUUGGACAUGGUACUUAAUCGUAUGGCGAAAGGAGCUAAGGAGAUCGAUAUAGCUGCUACUUUGGAGCACAUCCGGGAUCAGCGUUCGGGUGCGGUGGCGACAAAGGCGCAAUUCCAAAUGGUUCUGGCUGCUGUGGCCGAAGAAGUGCAAGCCAUAUUGAAAGCUUUGCCCCAACAACAGACACCUCAACCUUUACCUCCACCUCCACCACCAGCCCAACAUUGAAUUUCUUUUAUCCUGUUACACAUACACGAUUUAAGCUCUACCCUUUGCUAGUGUUUCCUAAACUAUAGGCUCAAAAAAUGUUUUUUUGAUCUCAUCGUCAACUAUCUUCUAGAUGUCUUAAUAUCAUAAUAAAACAUUUAUUCGGAUGCUUGAAACUCCAGCAUAUUAUAUAAACUUAACGCCUUUCAUUUUCCUAUUCAAGAGUUGAUUUAUGUUAUAAUCAUUAAAUAUUUUACCGGUCAAUUGUUACCAAUACAAAAAUAACCAUAAAACAGGUUAAUUAUUAUGUAUUUUUUUAUUAUAUAAUUUUAAAUGUUUUUUUAUUUUAUUUAUUUUUAUGUUAAGUAUACGUUUGUUGAUUUCCUCUUCAAAAGUCAUGAACUGUUUAAGUUAAAUUUUCAAUUUUAUUUAAUAACCACUCAAAUAUUUUAACAUUCGUAAAACAUUUAAUCAUAUAGAAUUAUAAUCAAAUUACCUAUUAUUACUAAUUAGAGAUCAUAUUAUGAUAGUUUUCAACUUUUAAAUUAAAUUUAUUAUAUUAACAGAUAUACAUAUAACAUUUAUCUAUAUUACAAUUAUAUUAUAUAUAUAAUAAUUUUAUGUUAAAAAAAAAUAAUAAUAUAUACUUAUAAAUUAUAAUAAACAAUUAUUAAUAUUAAUAGCCAUAGAGAAGUAUUUAAAUUAUAUUUAUGCAAAUUAUAAUACCUGUCUAAUGUGAGAUCUAAAUCAUCCGAAUAAACUCUGAACUGUUCCCUAAUGAUUAAGCAGUAGUUCAA